GCAUGCGCAGUUUGGUGUCUAGUCCUGCCCGGCCUAGUCGGCUGGUAGGAGGAUGUUACACGUGGAGGUCUCUGUACGGAGCUCGCUGACGCUCUCCGGUGACGCUGGGACAGAACUUAGAGGCUGAAGAUGUCGGUCCCGGUGGCGGGGCUCCCGCCGCGGCUAGCGCUCUCAGCCUUUGCCGGCGCUGGUCGCUUUUGCGUGUUGGGGUCGGGAGCGGCGAGGUGGAGGGGCGUCCGCGCCGGGCACCGCCGAGGUUUGUCUGACCUCCACCUGCAGCUGGUGCCUAGUCAGGGUUUCAGAGACUCGCCCUCUUGGUUGCCCAAGUACCGCUCAGAGCCCAAGAGUUACGUAACCAGUCCGAAACUGGCCACGACCUUGGUGCAGAUCCUGAAGAAAGAACGGAAAAACCCUGACCAACUCUUCCUGGAGUGCAAUCCAGGUCCUGGAAUCCUGACUCAAGCAUUACUUGAAAGCAAGGCCAAAGUGAUUGCCCUUGAAAGUAACAGAACUUUUCUUCCACAUUUGGAGUCCCUGCGCAAAAAGGUGAAUGGAAAACUAGAAGUGGUCUACUGUGACUUCUUUAAAAUGGAUCCUAGAAAUUUUGGAAUAGUAAAACCUCCCAUUAUGAUUUCAGAAACGCUUUUUCGGCAUUUGGGAAUAGAAGCGGUUCCUUGGUCAGAAGAUACCCCAUUAAGAGUAGUUGGAAUCUUCCCAGCGAAAAAUGAGAAAAAGAUACUUUGGAAGCUUUUAUAUGACCUAUAUUCUUCUACUUCUGUAUAUAGUUAUGGGCGAGUGGAACUAAAUAUGUUUAUUACUGAAAGGGAAUACGAGAAACUGGUGGCAAGUCCCGAAAAUCCACACUUGUAUCAAGCGUUAAGUGUGCUCUGGCAAGUAGCUUGUAAGAUUAAGCUUCUGCAUGUGGAGCCUUGGUCCUCAUUUGGUGUAUACGGCCAAAGUGGGAGACAGGAAAAGCUGAAGAAUAAGAAACCAUUAGAAAAAAUAAAUAAACAAGUAGGACAAAACAUGUGUUUAAUUCAACUGACUCCUCUUCCGAAUUUAUUUACAGAAAAUUUAACAUCUGUUAACUAUGAUGUAUUUUUUCACAUGUUAAAGCAGUGUUUUAUGAAGCGUAAUUUCAAGCUAAUGGACCAUUUACAGUUAUUGAGUCCAGUUAAUGCAACAGCUAUAUUGAAGCAAAUAGAGAAACAUGGAGACAUGAAAAUAACAGAUCUGUACCCUCAAGACUUUAAACAGCUUUUUGAAACUAUAGAGUGUUCCAAAGAAUCUUGUAGGUGGCUAUUUGAUGAUUGCAUGGAAGAGAUGAUCAUAUAGGGAACUUGACUGGCCCACAUUAGCUGGAGCCAUUGAUUUAUUUGGAAAUUAUGACACAAAUGGAAGAGAACUAAGUUUGAAAAGCUUCCAGCCUUUCAACAGAAGAUAACUGUUCUUGUUUUGCAGAUGGGACAGGUAACUUCUUCUGAAGGUGAUACCUUUAGUAAACUGGAUAAAACCAUGGCUGCUAUUUUAUUCACAAAAAAUAAAAUGAAAACUUAGUUAAUUGUGGAUUUGAUCAGAUUGCAUUUGUUUUGUUUUAAAUUCCUAACUUCUGUAGACAUACUGGUAGUUGUAGGGUAUUGCCAGAUGAAAUUUAAUUUUAAAAAUCCCUUUGGCCCAGCGUGCCUGGCUGGCUCAGUCAGUAGAGUGUGUGACUUGAUCUCAGGGUUGUGAGUUUAAGCCCCACGUUGGGGGUAGAGCUUACUUAAAAAAAAUCCCUUUGGUCAAAUAUCUUACAUUGUAUUAACUUAAAUAUUCCAUUUUCACUGUUGAUUUUUGCUUCUUCCU